AUGUCUCCUCUGAUUCUGUUGUGUAUGCAGUCAUGGCGUGCUUUAAUCUCCACUUUCGAUUUCAUCGCCAAGCACCAAGGACGUACCAACUACAACGAUAACAACAAGAAUAUCUUGAUCAUCUUUAAACGUCCCCUUUUCCCUUCCCGUCAUUUUCGUGAUCCGCCAUCUCGAUUUCCCCAAAUCGUUGACUACCAAUCACUGAAGAAGAAGAACGUUGCCUCCGGCGUCUCCGCUUCCGCGUCUGCAACAGCAAUACGAAGCCGACGUAGAGACCUUGAAGAUGAAUUUCCAGAUGAUACUAGUCUCAACGAUUCAUCCCUUGUGGGUUCUUGCAAUGUCCUCAUCUGCCUACUACUUGACCCUCGACCUAGUGAAUGCUAUCCAAAAAACUACGACAAUAGCAGACUUCUCUUGUGGAACCCUAGUACCAGAAAAGCCCGUAAGUUACCGGACAUUGAUUCGUUUCGUUUCGGUCCACUUUUUCAUGGAUUUGGCUAUGAUUCCACCACUCAAGACUACAAGCUCUUUUUGGGCAGUUUUAAUUAUCCCAAUGAUCCAGGAUGGGUUGCAAUCUUUGCACUCAAAAUGGGUUCAUGGAAGAUUGUUGAAGAAGACCACAUCGAUGUUUCCUUGGUAGGAAGCCGUAGGGGAGGGUGCUUCUUAAAUGGAGCUCUACAUUGGAAUCAGAUUGACGGAAGUAACAAGGGAACAAAAAUCUGGUCCUUUGAUUUCGCUCAGGAGAAAUUUCGUUCGUUUUCCUUUAUUAGGCAUAAAGGAUAUACUACAGCUGUGGGACUGGGGACCAUUGGAAAUCGUCUCUUCUCUUACACUUCCUGCGAUAACCUUACAAAUCAUCAUGACUUGGAGGACGCUGGCCUUACCAUAUGGGUGAUGAUGAUAUAUGGGGUCGAUCAAUGUUGGACUAUAUUCGCAAAAAUCCGCGCUGAGAUUUUCCCUUCAGAUGUGAAGUGGGUGAUGCCUAUAUGCCAUCUGGAAGAUGAUGGUGAAGUUUUGAUGCAAUCGAGUCAAGGUGACUUGGUAUUAUAUACUAGGAAGAUGAAGAGGAAGAAGACACAUGCAAGAUUGUACUCAACAAUCCUGGUAUUGAAGAAAUUCCGGCUAUGUAUUUGA